AUGUAUCAGAGCCUGGCUUUGUCCUCGAACCAGUCCCCUUACGCGCAUGACACUGGGAAUUACAUCCACCCUUCGGCCAGCUCUCCGGUCUACGUCCCGACCACCAGAGUCCCAGCCAUGCUGCCCACCCUGUCCUACCUGCAGACUUGCGACUCGCCCCACCAGUCCCACGGCCUCGGCGGGCACCACGGCUGGCCCCAGACUGGCACGGACGGUUCCUCCUUCACGCCCAGCAGCUCUCACACUCAUCACGGCUUCUCCUACUCGCACAGCCCGCCCGUCGGCAGCAACACCGGCCGGGACGCGACCUACCAGAGCCCGCUGGUUCUUGGAAACGGCGCUCGGGCGGAUCAGUACGGAGGCGCGCUGGUGCGUUCGGUCGGCGGCUCCUAUUCCAGCCCCUAUGCUUACGUGAGCCCGGAGAUGGCGACGUCCUCCUGGACGCCAGGACCGUUCGAGAGCGGAGUGAUCAGUCUGCAGGGCCGGCAGGGCGGUCUGUCUGGAAGAAGGUCCAGUCUGGACCUGAUGGACGACAUGCCCACCGAGGGGAGAGAGUGCGUCAACUGCGGCUCCGUGUCCACGCCGCUGUGGCGCAGAGACGGAACCGGACACUACCUGUGCAACGCCUGCGGCCUUUACCACAAGAUGAACGGCAUCAACAGGCCGCUCAUCAAACCCCAGAAACGGCUGCAGACCACGCCCCGCAGAGCCGGCCUGUGCUGCACUAACUGCCACACCAGUACCACCACACUGUGGAGGCGUAAUGCAGAGGGAGAACCUGUCUGUAAUGCCUGUGGCCUCUACAUGAAACUGCAUGGGGUGCCCAGACCUCUGGCCAUGAAGAAAGAGAGCAUUCAAACCAGGAAGCGUAAACCCAAGAUGCCCAAGAACAAAACAUCCACAGGAGGAUCCACCACCUCUGACACCAGCUCCCCAACCUCCCUCUCAGUCUCAGAACACGCCUCCACCAUUAAGAGUGAACCCAACAUGGCCCCUUCACCCUACGCUGGACAGACGGUCACAUCUCAGACGGCUUCUCAGUUAGAUAGCACAGGAUCAGGACACGUGGACAUUAAAUAUGAGGAUUAUCCCUUUACCCCGACCUCCAUGGCUCCACAGAACUCCUGGUGCGCUCUGUCUCAAGCCUGAGGAGCCUCAACUAACA